AUGGGCAACAAGAUAUCUGCGGUCAGUGGUGUCAAAUCUCCCAACUUCUACGAACCAGGAAACGCAGUCAACGAAAUCUGGGUUGGCAACCUCGAAAUAAUCUCUCGACUUCCCUUUGGAGACUCAGACAUGGCACAGGCUGGCUGGCCGAAGAACGACUAUCCCAAGUUUCCGUGGCGGCCGUUCGUUAUCCCUCUCUUCGCCAUGUUCAGCAACGGUGUUGCAGCUGCAGAGACAGCAACGCAGGCGACAAGACCUUCAAAUAUGUCCCGACGUUCAACACCAGCAAAUAUUUCAGUCGAUAUUGGCGCCCAUUGUUUCCUGGUUGCUAUGAUCAUCUAUGCCGUGGCCAUGAUUCUAUGUGCUUGCGUUCCCAAGAUUUACAACUAUUAUUACAAAGUGAACAAAAGCACAUGGACCAUGUAUAGCGUCACUCUUUUUAGCAUCAUCAGCAAAGCUACUAUCACAAUCUUCUACACGCCCCAGGUGGAUGCGCUCUUAAGUGGGGCAUUGCAUAGCGCAGAACAGCUCAAUCCGUCGGCGCAUGUUGUCUGUUCCCUAGUUGUGAUUCAGUACCUAGCUGUGGCAUUCGCAACUUUAACUUACUGCAUCGACCUUUACCAAUAUCGACGUCACCACUACCGUGAAUGCACUGAGAGAUUGAUCUAUGGGGACGAAGAAUAUCUGGAGACAAAGGGGGUUCAGACAGAACGAGAGCGGAAAUCUCGCAUACAAGGAUUUGGACCCGUGCUCUAUUUGAACGGUCUCCAGUUCCUCUGUGAUACUAUAACGACAGGGGCGAUUAUUGUGCUGAUACUCUGGUCUGGUUGA